AUGCCUCCAGAUUUUGGCUGCCGAAGUCUUAGGUUUAAGAGAUCAGAAGGAGAAUGUGCUCCUCAACGUUACGUAUUUAAAGAAACUUACUUGCCAAUGGGGGAGGAGCUCAUGACUCACGACUGUAGAUACGAGUGUCUCAUAGAGAGCAAUUGUUUGUCUGUGAACAUCGGCCCACCAAACGAGACAGGCUUCAGGCUCUGCCAACUGAGUACUUUUGACCACACCCAACAUCGUGAAGAUAAAGAAAUACGAAAAGGUUUUAUUCUCUGGGCCUCUGAGGUAGGAUUUUACUUUACAUUACAAUACAAUCGUCUGAAAUCAGCUUGAAUGUUUUUGGUCAAUUAUAAUUACUAACAGGCGUGUUCGUAUCCUGUCAGAAUUCGUGCACCAGUAAUCCCUGCCUCCAUGAUUCCACCUGUCUCAAUGGAUAUACCGACAAGAGAUACAUUUGUCUGUGUCCAGAUAAUUACACGGGAGAAAACUGUGAAAAAGGUCUCACUAAUAUUCUUUUUUAAUGUUCUGAAGGUUCUUCAUCCAGCUUGCGGAUAAGCUCAUAUCAGUCCUCAUUGUUUUCUUUGUUUAGAUAGAAACGAGUGUAUUGACAACUCUCAUGACUGUCAUGCCAAAGCUGUUUGUAAUAAUACCGAGGGAUCAUUUACGUGUAGCUGUACAGAAGGUUAUCAGGGGAACGGUCGGAAUUGCACAGGUGAGAUUCAUAGAUAUUCAUACAGACAUAUUAAUAGUAAUGAAAUAUUUUCAUUGCAUCAUAUCCAAUGGCUUACGGCGCUUUACAAAGCCUUGUUUGGCACUUUGGCCAGACUGCAUUGAACAGUUUACAAUUUUUGAAGGAAACUUUUGCGGAUACCCCCAUUUUAAGAGUUCAGGCUGUCGCGUACCCAAUGCAGCGGACACGGGGUGUUGUGCACUGGAGUUCGGGGAGUAUCACAGUGUAGGAAUCGACAACACAAGUUGAUUCAACGUCUUCGUGAUCUGCAUUUGACGGGUGUCGUUAAAGUUAAAACUAUAAUAGAUCAGAAACCCACAAACUCAAAAUACGAAGAGAAACCAGCGAAUAUUGAAAGAAGUUUGAGUGAACUGACAGAAAAGACAACAGAAGCACUUCAGGGGAAAUGACUUGAGUUUGAUCGAGCAGAGAGUCAAUGAUGUUUUAAGCUCAAAUUAAACAAAAUUUGUGGUGAAUUUAUAGCAUCACCCAUUACUUGAGGAAUCACAAAAGGGUAAAGAAAAUCACCUGAACAAUACAAUAGAUUUACGAAGAGCAGCAUAAAGUUAAAGAAAACUUUCAAAUUCUUACCUCUGUGCCCCUAGAACCAAAGCUUGCCAUGGGUUUCAGAUCAUAAGUGUGUUGUAAGUGGUCUGAGUCACUCAGCUGGCAUAAAAUUUUAUCUUUUCCGCUUGGUCCAGUAUUGAUCGAUGUACAUCUGUCUUCCAUAGUACACCAAUUUCUGCAGUGACUAUACAUAUGCAUUCCGACUGGUAAUGAAAUGUUUUUGAAGACGUGGCCUAUCAAUACAUAUCCAUUUAUUGGCUCCAGAUUCUUGAGACGUCGACAGCCAUAUGUAUAACAGACAGGAGCAGAGAAUUUUUCUCAUAUUUAACCAAUCGUUCUCAAAGUGUUUGUGUUAAUGGGAUAGUUUCAGAGCCUCAAAAAAUCGAUUUAGGAGUCCCCCAGGGUAGCGCUUUAGGGCCCUUGCUCUUUAUAAUGUAUAUUAACGACAUAUCCCAUGGCGUUAGAUAUUCUAAUGUUGAGCAAUAUGCUGAUGAUACGCUUCUUCACUUUGCUAGUGACGAUGUUAACAUCAUUGAGUCCAAUCUGUCAUCUGAUUUAGAUAGUGUUACUCAGUGGCUUAGUGCUAAUUAGCUAAUACUCAACUCUACCAAAUCUAAAAUAAUGCUUGUGGGUACCCAUCAAAGGCUUGCCUCUAAGUCGUUCUCCAUAUCAUCUAACGGUCGAGACUUAGAGAGAUUAGAAAAGUUUAAAUAUCAAGGGGUUUUUAUGGACCCAACACUUUCUUGAAAGUCCCACUUUAAUUACUUGGGAAAGAAGAUCUCCUCUAGAUUAGGAAUGUUGCAUAGAGCACGAAAGAUCUUGCCUCAGUCAUCCUGUAUCAUUUUGUACAAAGCAAUGAUACUCCCCCUUUUCGACUAUUGCUCAGUUGUGUGGAAUAGUUGUGGGGCUAUAUCUAAAGGGUAUCUUGAUAAGCUUAAUGGGCGUGCGGCGAGUAUUAUCUUAAAUAGGGCUGUGAGUGAAACAGAUAUUGUUUGUAUUCUUGGUUGGCCUAGCCUUCAGUUUCGUAGAGACUAUCUUAAAUGCAUGCUGGUUUUCAAAUCUAUGAACGGCUCAGCACCUUCCUACCUAUUGAGUGAUUUUACUCAAGCGAAGAAAUAUCAUACAUAUAAUACCAGGCACAGGGAUUUGAUUCGUCUUCCUUUGGCCAAAAGCACUAAAUAUCAAGGCAGUUUUAGAUAUAAUGGUGGGUGCACUUUUAAUGGAAACGCUCUCGAAUCUCUAUCCAAACUUAGGAACCGAAUAAUCUUCCCGCACAAGACCGAUUUUGUUACAAUAGAAUUUCCAAACGCUUCUUUCUCGUGAACUUUGGUGAUUCGAUUCAGAAAGAAUAGCAUCUGAACCACUUAAAUAGAUAAUUAUAAAAUUUCCUGUCAUCAAACUAACAUUAAGGCAAUCGAUGAACGCUUUCAAGAACAGAGGUCUGGAGUCCAAAAUGUGAAGGAAACAUAAAUCACGACAAAAAGUGAGAGAUGACGAAAGUUUGGCAAAGAGGCUUACAGUAGAGAGUAGAGAAAAGCGAGCCCUAAGUUUUGAAACUGGCUGAAUUAGAAAGAUUGAAAAUUUAAGCCGACGACAAAGUUAUGAAAUUCUGGCCGAAAAUCCUAGGCACAAAUGAACCCCCACUUGUAAUUUUCAAGGACUACAAAAUUUUCAAAAGACUGCUGCGCUCUUGUUGAAUGGUAACAACGGCUGCCCGUUCGAGGCCUGGGGCCUCGUUUUUACACAAAAACAUCACAAAAAAGUGUAAAAUGUUUAUCUCUCUAUCUCAAGCGCAAUGCAAACUUACAACUUGGUAUUUCUACCAUACAUUUUGACAUCAUUUGUCUUUCCUCUGAUGCAUUAAAUUCUUCCCGAUAGGGAAUGUGAACACAUCAUUCGAUUAUUAAUCUCGGUACAGUUUCGGUUUUUUUUUUCUGAAUAGACGUUUGUCUGAAUUUCUCCAAAGUGCACUGAUUUUGAAACUGAAAAAUAAGCACCUAGUUGGCUACAAUAUCCUAGUUUAUAAGUUGUGUAAAAAUAUCCAAUUGUGUUCUUGCCCAAAGUGGUUCACAGAUAAAUGCUAAUGAAGACUUGCAGCAUAGGAGUCGAAAGGUCCUAAUUAAUACACGAUUGAUUAGCCUAUCUCUUUCAUGGUAAGACAAACGAUUAAAGGUUCAUUUAUCUUAAAGUAUUGUUGUUGUUGUUGUUUUUUUGAAUAGUGCAAACUAGUCAAUGAAGGAUGACGUAUGAAUGUUACAAGAAUAUUGACUCAGUUGUUGCGGGAGCAAUCUUAGAUCGACAUAUAUUUGAUUACUAAGUCUGUCUGAGUGAUUAUCAUCGACUUCCAAUAAGCUCUGUUGUACAAAAGUAUCUCUGUUUUUAUCAAUCAAAUAAUGAAAAAAUUCAAAAAGUCCACAGCCUCAACGUCUAGAAUAAGAACCCACAACUACUUUUGUUGUUGUUAUUAUCACUGAUAGGUGGCGGCGGCGGAGGUUUCUACUCCAGCGGCAGAAGUUCAAAGCAGUUUGGUGGUACCAUGGGAACUGGUGGAGAGGGUGGUAAGGGAUUCUUACAGGGAGGGGUGGGAGGUAAAGCCAUGAUGAAGAGUGCUGAUGGUGGAUUUGGUGGAGGGGCAGGUGGUUAUGGAUGGUCAGGGGGUGCGGGAGGAGGAGGAGGGUACUCUGGAGGAAGCAGUGGCAGUCAUAGCUGGAAUUCUUGUGGAGGCGGUGGAGGAUCUUAUAAUGUUGGUAAAUAUCAACAAAAUGACUGUUGCUAUCGAUCAAAUGGUCAUGGUCAGGUGAUCAUAACUUUAUUGUAA